AUGGAUUGCUGCAUUAUUUUAUGUCCUUGGUGCUAGGUCAACGUUGGAUUUCUCAACUGUUGUACAUGCCGUAAGCAAUUUGAAAUGCUCGAAUGUAACGGUUUACCUGUAACUUGUCCAAGAUGUGUCAAUAUUAGAUUAGAUACUUACUAUCAAAGCGAUGAGGAUGUUCAAUUACAUUAAAACUGUUAUAGAAAUUCAAAAAGAAUGUUUUAUCAUUGCCAAUGUUGCAAUGGUUAUUUCUGCAGAUGUGUGUAAGACAUUUCUCUUAAACUUUAAGUGAAAACCAACUGAAGAAACAAAUUGUUUUAAAUCCUUGUCCCCUUCUCAAAAGAAAGGCUUAAAAAGUUUGAAAGUAACAGUUAAAAAUUUUGAUCUUUACUAUUUUUGUAUUCAUUUAUCGUAUAUUCAUAUGAAA